AUGUUCCGCGCAGCUCAGUCGGUCAGAUCGCUCUCAACCUCGGUUGCUUGCCGCCAGGAUUUGAUCCAACAAGCUUUCUUGAACAAAAUCAAGGAGUACGCUAAGAACGCCGGUAACUUGGCCAAUUCUGAUCCAGCCGUCAAGAAGGCCCUCCAAGACGAGCUCAACAGACUCGCCGGAAAGUUCCAGCUCGCCAAUUCCGACGUUGUUGCCAAGCUUCCAACCAACUUUGAAACCCCGAAGGUCGACUCCGCUGUCCAAGCUGCCCUCGAAGGAAAAACGUUGAGCGAGCUGUUGGAAGGAGUCAAGAAAGAGCAAACUGCCUACUUUGCUGCUCGUGAAGCCAAGAAGGCCCAGGAAGCCGCCCGAAACGCUGCCCUUAAGAAAUAA